AGUAUUUGAGACAUCUUUGCAUAAUCAACAUGUAGCAGCCAUGGCCGAUGGACUCGUGCUGGAAAGCAUGCUUGCACGUGCUCAUGCGGAUGAGGAAGGAUAUCCUGUUUUGAGGCCCAGCUUCGACAGUUUCACCACAGCACCAUCCGACAUGGACCUGCCCCAGCCAGGGCCAGCAACGGCCCUGAAUGGUGCGAUCAUUGCUCUACAGGUGCUGUUGAACGAAGCGCCCAACACGGUCAGCGGCCCAGCUGUGGAGGGCUGCGGACCUCUGCCCGGCGCUCUCCUGUGGCGUCGACCUGGGAUGCCUUGCCGCCGGGUCAGGCUUCGGUUCGAAGACCCGCUCCCUUGCGAGGGCAGUUGGUGUAAACAUCCGGAAGACAGGCUAUCACUCGUGCAAUCGAGGGCAUUCUUCGCUCCUUGGAAGAUGCCUCCAUCACAGAGGACCGAGACAUGCGACGAUGCUGAGGAGCUUCCUGAAGAGGUAAGGUUUCCACGUCAGGAUGAGAGAUCAAACCUUCAGCAGCAGUUGAAGAGUCUGACAGAGGAGUUGGAGUCAGCGCAGGCACUGGCAGUUGGAGUGGCACAGAUCCGUUCGGAGGACGUCUCAAAGGAGAUUGCCCUGCUGAAGUGCUUCAAGGAUGUGGCAUUGGCUCGGAAGAAGGAUCUCUUUUCGAGCGGUGCCAUGACGCCGGACCACCAGGCCGUGGCCUCGCAUGUCCCGGAUCUCCUUGUGGCGCCCGACGAUGACCACCCAACGAAGCUUGAGGUCAACGAGAGCUUUUGAUGCGAAAAGUGCUCGAGGGUGCCACUGUGAAUACCAUGAUGAACAUUGACCUGAUGCUUGUUGGAAUGUUCACUCUUUGCCAUGCCGCACAACCGUCGGACGAAGGUCAUUGUAUGACUUGGCGUGUUUGUAUGGCUUGCAUUGGACGAGUGCCUUUGAACAUCUUUCAGCAUCAUGCGCUUGACGUCCUCACCCAGCCGAUUGGCUCAGCAGACUUCGAC